AUGCCAGAUUACUCUAGCGACAACCACCGACGCGUUCAAAACGCAUCAUAACGCGGAAAAAGAAAUAUUCUGUAUUUUUGGCACAGUUUUUUCUCCAAACAAAAGUGUUGAAAUACAAUUUUGAUUAUAAAAAUAAAAACAAAAACAAUUUGGUGAGUGGACGGACGUAAUAUUUCCAACAACAAUUGUGUGCAGAGAGUGUUAUUUGCAAGAGCGAAUUUGAAACUAGGAAUCAAAUAACCCAACACAAUGCAUAAAGAGCAAGUUAUAUUGAUUAUCUCCGCCGCAUUAAUAUGUGUCGCGUUUGCUGAGCGCGAAGAUGACCGUUGGGUGUGGACCCGACGAAGCAACGACAAGUAUCAACCGCGCCCAUUCCAUGACAGCUCAGCCAAAUAUCAGGGCGAAACUUUAAUCCGCAAUGCGCGAGCGCGUAAUCGUGAGCCAACGACGCGCAAACCGCUACCAGGACAUCCACCAAACGAUGAAAUCGAAGACUAUGACGAUGAUGUAAAUACGAAUGUGGCAACACGAAAUUACCCAUACCCACCCUUCGGCGGUCAACUCUUUGGUACAAACUACCCCUACCCGAAUAUUGGCGGUGGCUUUGGUGGUGCUACAGGUAAUGGGAAUGGUAUUUUAGUCGGGCCUGGUGGACCGACAGGCGUAAUUGGACGUCCGCAACCAGCAUAUCCGGGUGGUUACAACGGUCAGCCGGGUGUAGGCUUUCCCGCACAACCAGGCGUAUUCGGUGGUGGUAAUGCUUUAGGGGCGGGUGGACAGUUCGGACAAGCGGGCGCCGGUGCCUAUGCAGGCAUCGAUGCUGGUCUAACUCCUGGGUUUGGUGGACAGUUCGGCGGUGUCGGUCAAUUUGCCGGUGGACAAGCUGGGCAAUAUCCUGUUGGCGGUCAAUACCCAAUUGGCGGACAGUAUCCGGGUGGUGCACAAUAUCCUGGCGCUCAAUUUCAGGGUAAUCAGUUUCCAUCAGCGCAAUAUCCUGGCGCUGGCGGUCCACAGUACACUGAAGGUUACGGACUUGCCUCAGCUGGUUACCCAGGUUACUUACAAUACAAUGCUGGUAGUCCCUUUGGUUAUGGAAAUGCUUUUAACGAUGGUAAAAGUGCGAAUCGAAAACUACAAGUUGAGGGUAAGAAUGUGGAGAUAGUCGAAAGUAGUAGACUGAGCCAACAACAAGUGGAUGACAAGAUCAAUAAGGGGCUCACAAAUGUGCAGCAUUAAUGGAGUAUUUCAAAUUGAAAGUUGUAAAAUAAUUUAUUUUAAUAUUUUUGUAGCUUUAAUUGUUUGUAGCUUUAAAAUAAAAAUGUUGAACAUUUUCUGAAAUU